CUAGGCUCGCCCUGGCCGGGGGCGGCUCCCUUUGGGACUGUUCGCCUCUCAUCGCUUCGUUCUGCGGCGCUGAUUGCUUGGGCCGGGCCGGGCCUGGGCCUCUGGACCACCUCCUCGGCUUCUGUGGCCUGGCCCUGCCGGAGCUCCGCUGUCUCGCCCCUUCCCUCCUUCCUGCUCACUCGCGGCCCCCGCCCUCUCCCGCCGGCCUGUAGCUUCCCCUUUUCGCCCUCAACGAUCGCCCUUUGCCCCUUCCCGCCGUUUCCCGCUCGUUUCUGAGCCCGUCUCGUUGGCUGCUUCUUUGGCUUCUCUUCCGCCUCCUCCUGCAUCCCUGGAGCCUUCCCCUGACCCAAAACUCUUAUUCUGGAGGCCCCGGGCGGCCGGAGGUGGGGGGUCCCAGACAUCUGUGCACUUUCCGAGCCACCUAGGUUCUGAUUUUUACUCCUGAUCCUGUUGAACCGCGAUGAAAAGAAUAACAUCCUCCUUUGGCUCUAGCGACGAGAGUGUAAGGGUUGAGCGGAUAUGUAAAGAGAGGUGGGAAUGUUUAGUGCCGGGGGCCUAUUGUUUCAACUUUAGCUUUCUUGUCGAGUUUCUGGACAAGGUUUUCUUUUCCGGGCUCCACGCAUCCUGAUGGGCUAUGAGUUUCUGAGUUUUUAAGUUGAUGACAGGCUUACAUGCGGAUCCUUUAUUGAUCUUUCUCAGGUCUUGACAGGGUCCUGGAACUUAGGCUCGAGGUUCAAAGAAAUCUUGGUGGAAACCGCAAUAUAGAAAUAAGAUUUUGACACACGCUAUUCGUUGAAAGUCAGAGAAAACCAGAACGUGCCCUUUUUGCUGGAGAAACUUAGAAUAAUUUUACUUGACCUGUUUGAAAGGUUGGGGAUAAUCUGAGACAUACUGCUCUGUGUGAUUUGACUUAAGGCAGUAUAAAGUAACUUUAAAUGGGCCUUGAAAAGUUCGAUCUUCAGGAGAUUGUUCAAAUUCAAGAAGUCAGUGCUGUGAAAAUGGCAAGAAAGUCUCCCACAAAUUUAAUGUUAAUGGAGAGGGAUAAAGCAAUUAUGUUUCCCUGUGUUUGUCUCAGAGUUCUUGAUUUGAGUGAAUGGGGAGCUAGGAGUACAGAGGAGCACAGUAGACCUUUUGUAAUUACAAAUAUGAUCUGCACUAGCUCCUCAGGCCAUGCCUAACACUCCUCUUUGCUCAGAGUUAAUGUGACUGAAAAGGUGACCAAAUGCUGAAAGUAGCUGAGAUGGAACUUUAUUCCUAAAGUUUUAGUCUGUAGUUUGGUCUUUUUUGGUUUUUAACUUCCAGUGUGGCAACAAGAAUGUUAAAUAAGUUGUAUUAGCAUCUAGAGGUCACCUGCAGUGCUAUUAAACUAGCACCAUAUAAUUAAAAGUUACAUAUCUGGGUAUAGAGCUUGUUAGCACAGUCUUAGGGCAGGAAUGAGACUCCCGCUCUUAUAGGAAGGGGGUUCACAGCCCUGGUAUGGGUCAGGUUCACCUGUACAUCCCUAGCACCCAGUCUAGUGCUAAGGUAAGACUUAUCUGCUUGUGGAAGGAAUGGAUUUCUAUCUGUAGGAUUGGGUGGUGUAUGUUUAGAUGUGAUGUACUGUUUCCGGAGAGGUGGAAGAGGAUUUGUGUGGGGUCUGCAGGGUUGGGGAGACUGGCUCAGACGAUUUGACUAUAAGGGCUACUUGUCUGAGCUUUUGACUGGUUAUAAAGUGAUUCCAGGAAACUAAGUCAAACUUGGUUCUAGUUCUGCCAGCAGGAAGAACUUGUUUACAGCCUACAAUAGCACUCUUUUUAGAUGCUGUGGGGCUUUAAAAAUACUAGACUGUGAUCUUUGCUCAUCCCUCUUCCUAGAUAUAUAGGACAUUAUCGUGUAUGUGGGGUAGGAUCCCUCCCUAAAUUAAAAAAAAUUAGAAGUCAGUGAAGUGUAGAAUGGAUAAUGUUUCCCCAAGUUCAUAUACUAGGUUAAAUAAACCUGCAAAAUGUACCUGGAGGGUACGCUUCAGUUUUUUUCUGAAGAAGUUAAGGUGAGAGCUGGCCGAGUUCUGAGACUGAUUCCAGUGAUCCGUGAUUCAAUCCCAAGAGAGAGCUGCCUGCAACAUCUUACUGAAUACACUUGGUUUCUUGCUGCUUUAUUCUACCACUGGGACUACAGAGUUACAUUAUAUCCAGCAUAUUACAGCACCCUGACCUUUGGAAUAUUAGAGGUCUCACAAUAACAUCAAACGCACCCCUGAGAAGUGAGCAGUAUUAGCAGGAACAUCCAUAGUAGUGUACAGAUUUUCACAAUGAAAUCCGAAGCCAAGGAUGGAGAGGAGGAGAGUCUACAAACUGCUUUCAAGAAGUUAAGAGUGGAUGCAUCGGGGUCCAUAGCAUCCCUGUCUGUUGGAGAAGGCCCAGGUGUCAGAACGUCAGUCAGAACAGCAGCAGACGAUACCAAGCCUAAAACCACAUGUGCAUCUAAAGACAGUUGGCAUGGUUCUACAAGGAAGUCUUCACGAGGAGCAAUGAGAACACAGCGUCGUCGACGUUCUAAGUCUCCCGUCCUUCAUCCUCCAAAGUUUAUACAUUGCAGUCCAAUAGCUGCUUCUUCCAGCAGCCAGCUCAAACACAAAAGCCAGACUGACUCUCCUGAUGGCAGCAGUGGCCUGGGAAUUUCAACCCCUAAAGACUUCAGUGCAGAAUGCUCUCCUCUUGAUACUCACCACACAGGGGCAGUUGUUGAGCCUUUGAGAACUUCGGUUCCAAGGCUGCCGUCAAGGAGUACAAAGGAGGACUCCUCUGAGGCUACUGAAGUCUCCCAAGCAAGUCUUAAGGCCAGUGAUCUCUCUGACUUUCAGUCGGUUUCCAAGCUAAACCCGGGCCAGCCAUGUGCAUGCCUAGGCAAGGAGUGCCAGUGUAAGCGGUGGCAUGAUAUGGAGGUAUAUUCCUUCUCGGGCCUACAGAAUGUCCCUCCCUUGGCCCCAGAACGAAGAUCCACGCUCGAGGACUACUCCCAGUCGCUUCACACCAGAACUCUGUCUGGCUCUCCCCGCUCCUGUUCUGAACAAGCACGCGUCUACGUGGAUGAUGUGACCAUUGAGGACCUGUCGGGCUACCUGGAAUAUUACUUGUAUAUUCCCAAGAAAAUGUCGCACAUGGCAGAAAUGAUGUACACCUGAUAGCAAGAAGCUAAUUAACAUGCUGUAAACCAAUGAAGGGUUGUCAGAGAUUUAGUUAAUGGUAGACCUGGCAGCCACUUUGUGUGAGAAGACAUCUCCUGCUCACUGUGCUUGCAAUAAAAACUUUACUUGGCAUCUCA